AUGAAGAGAAGUUCGUCAAGAGACAGUAUGCCGCGAUCGAAAAGAACUCGCAGUAGCAUAGGUCGGUAUGACGAUAGUUCUGAUGAGCGUGUCACCCCUGAGAGGGUGCGGCGCCGGGUGCGCUCACCAAGUCCCCGCGGUCGGUACGUUUCUCCACAUCGCGAUGAUUAUGUGCGCUCCCGUGAUGUUAGAGAGGAUUCUGUGCGUCCUUAUUACAAGGUACUAUGUGUUAGUGCGUUACACCCUAAAGCUUCGGAUGAUAUUGUCAAAGAUACGUUGUACAGAGAAUACAAGAAAUUCGGUGACUUCAGUAUUAAAAUAUCUCAUGAAUUAGACGAAAGAGUUGCCUAUGUAUGCUUCAGAAGUGCUGAGGAUGCAAGAGAUGCCAAACAUGCUAAACCCCGUAUAAUUUUGUAUGAUAAAGUUGCUAUAGUUGACCCCGUGUAUGAACCUGUUCGUGCAGAAUAUAGAAGCCGGCCAAGAAGCAUGACGCCACCAGAUUAUGACCGUCCUUAUUCCUAUGCCUGGUCUCCAGUGCCUGAAAGGCGUAGGCCACCUCCUGAUGAUAGGGCUUAUGGUAUUCCACCAACUGUCCCACCGCAUCACAGAGAUUUUCGUCCUCCAAUGCAUGAGUAUCCUAUGGCAGGUCCCCAUGGUCCUCCAAUGCACCAUAGACCACCCAUGCAUCACCCGCCUCAUCCUCAUUACAUGCCGCGUCCAUACAUGCCUCGACCGCAUCAUCCUCCAUUUGAAAAAAUUGAGAAUAAGAAAGAUAAAUUUCCCAAUUACUUACACCACGUCCAGCCAGAAGAUGAUCCACUAGCUACUAGGACUCUCUUUGCGGGUAACUUAGAAAUUAAUAUAUCUGAUGAAGAGCUCCGCCGUAUCUUUGGUCGCUAUGGGAUUGUUGAAGACAUUGAUAUUAAACGUCCCCCUCCUGGCACUGGCAAUGCAUUUGCUUUUGUUCGUUAUCAGACAUUAGACAUGGCUCAUCGAGCUAAAGUAGAACUUUCUGGACAAUAUAUUGGCAAAUUCCAAUGCAAAAUAGGAUAUGGUAAAGCUACGCCAACUACCCGUGUUUGGGUUGGUGGUUUAGGCCCUUGGACUUCUGUAGCUCAGCUGGAGAGGGAAUUUGAUAGAUUUGGGGCAAUCAAAAAAAUUGAAUAUGCUAAAGGGGAACCUCAUGCAUACAUUUUGUAUGAUUCUAUAGAUGCCGCUCAGGCUGCUGUAAAAGAAAUGAGAGGUUUUCCUCUUGGUGGUCCUGAAAGACGACUUCGCAUUGAUUUUGCUGAUGUCGGGACUGGGGGUCCAUACAGACCAAAGCCUUAUGCACCACCAGUUGGUGAAGAUGGUAGGCCUGUAGAGGGGUAUGAGGGAUAUGAAGCUUGGGAUGAAAAUUAUGCUUAUGGCACACCUGGAUACAGAGGCAGAGGAGGUCAUCGUGGCAGAGGGCGAGGAAUGUAUAGAGGUGUAUAUCAUGGUGCAGGCGAUUAUCGUGACGAAGAGUGGAGGCGCGCCCCUGCUGACGCAGAAUACGAAGGAAGGACACGUCGAUCUGGAUCACGAGAGCCUGGAGUCGAUCGAUCUCGUUCACGAUCACCACGGCGUCGUUCCCCAGACAGCGAUUCAGAUGGAUCACCACGCCGAAGUGGUGGCAUGCUAGCUUCUGCUAGAACACUUCCUGAAGUUGUACGCAAGGCAACCACAGUGUGGAAUGGAGCACUAAUUUUGAAAAACUCUCUGUUUCCUACAAAGUUCCAUUUGACUGAUGGAGAUUCCGAAAUCAUUGAUAGCCUCAUGAAAGAUGAGGAUGGCAAGAAUCAACUUAGAAUAACACAGAGACUACGACUUGAUCAGCCAAAAUUAGAUGAUGUCCAGAAGCGUAUUGCCACAUCCAGCUCUCAUGCUAUAUUUUUAGGAGUAGCAGGUUCGACAGCUUCUAUUACUAAUGAAGAUGCUAGUAUUCAAACUAGACCAAUGAGAAAUUUGGUUUCCUACUUGAAACAAAAAGAAGCUGCUGGUGUAAUAUCCCUCUUGAACAAAGAGACUGAAGCUACUGGUGUUUUAUAUUCUUUUCCACCCUGUGAAUUUUCCACUGAGCUUCUAAAGAGGACAUGUCACAAUCUUACAGAGGAAAGUUUAAAAGAAGACCAUUUGGUGAUUGUAGUGGUGCGUGGAGGUUCUGCGUAG